GUCCGUCCGGCCCGCUACACGGUCCUGCUCCGGCAAUAACGAGACACUCCUGCGGGGGGGGGAGCGGGGAUGGGGGAGGGCUAAGCAUUAACCAAACCCCGCGACCCUGCUGCGACUGAGCGGGUGCUACUCUUCGUCUUUAUAGAGGACUCUCUCUCUCUCUCUCUCUCUCUCUCUCUCUCUCUCUCUCUCUGCGUCUGGCUGGGCUCCGGUUACGGGUGUGCAUGCAUGUGUUCUGCACCGUACGGGCGGAAAAAGCGCCCAAGAUCUGCAGGGAUCAUUUUCCCCAUCAGUAAAGUGGCGCAGACGGAGCCGGAGCGCCGGGAGAGCACGGAGGGGGCCGUGGACGGCAGCAGGAUGACUGUCCAGGAAUUCAACACCCUGGUGGCGCUGUACCGGGAGCAGGUCAUCUCCGUCGGGGAGAUCUCAGCCGACUGUCCGUCUCUGCGGGCUCAGAUGCACCACACGCGGUCCAAAGGAUGCUCCAUGGCCCGGGCUGCACACCAGGACCUCGCCGUCAUCUCUGUUUCAGGUCCAGAGGACGGAGAGAUCCACCCUGAGAUCUGUCGGCUCUUCAUCCAGCUGCAGUGCUGCCUGGAGAUGUUCAUAACAGAGAUGCUCAAGUCCAUGUGCCUGCUGGGGGUGCUGCAGCUGCACAGAAAAAGAAUGGACUCAGAGCCGAAGCUGGACUUCAGGGUGGACGAAAGCUCGGACGUUCCCAUCCUGGAAGAACGAUCGUCCUCCCCCAUUGACUUCCUACAGGAGCAGUGGCUGGUGGGAACCGAUAUUGAAAAUAUAGAGAGUCUAAAUGUAAAACAUCUCCUCAGCUGGAUUUCAGCUGGGCUGGCCUGUUUCUGUGACCGGUACCCCUGGGGAUCCUGGUCCGCCUGCACCAAGACCUGCAACCACGGUACACAGCACAGAGAGAGGGCAUUUCAGUAUGAGGAUUAUUUCUGGAAGAGCAGCUGCGAUAAGCUGUGUGAGAAACACGACAGCAGAGCUUGUAAUGAGCAGACCUGUCCAAUCAACUGCCUGCUGACAGAGUUCGGGCCCUGGUCCGACUGCUCACCCUGCGCCAAGAAACAGUUUCGGACGCGGUCUGUCCAGAGGCCGUCCCAGUUUGGAGGGUCGGCCUGCAGCGUGGAGCUGUCAGAGGAGAGGCCCUGUUACCCCUCCACGGAGUGCAAGUUAGCCCCCGUCGACUGCAGAGACGACUUUAAGUGUGAUAAUGGACGCUGCAUCAACUCGACGCUAACAUGCAACAGACAGAACGACUGUGGAGAUAACUCUGAUGAGAGGGAAUGUGUCGACUUAAAAACUGUGUGUCCAGCGGAGAAGAGGGUGGCCCCUGGGGCUGACCUUGUGGGAAAUGGGUUUGAUGCUCUAGCAGAGGAGCCGAGGGGAGCCGUACUGGACAACAUGUUCAUGGGAGGAAGUUGCAACAUCAGGAGGCCCCCGACCACGCUGCUCUACCACCGAGUCCCUCACAACUUUGAGAGCUUUGACAUUAAGGUUGGAGUGGUGGAGGACUUCAGCACCGAGCCCCAGCCGCUGCACACCGAGCCCGUCAGUUUGAAGACGUCGAGCUCGUCUGAAAACAGCCAACAAGAUGGACGCAACCUUUUCUUGCCCAUCUUUUUCCUCCCCAUGUUUUUUUACAGUGGGAGAUCGAUGACGCAAGUCAGCUCCAACAAGGAAGCUUUUGAAGCUUCAAAAAAAACAGACUCCAAGUUUUUCCGGGUGAACCAGAUUUUGCCCGUGUCCACGUUCAAGGUGAGGGACCCGGGGGACCUCGUCCUGUCACAGCCUUUCCUCCAGUUCCUUCACGCUCUUCCUCUCGAGUACAACUACGCCCUCUACAGGGACAUCUUCCAGCGCUUCGGGACGCACUACUACAGCACAGGGACACUGGGAGGCCACUACGACCUGUUGUACCAGUUCAGCCGAGAGGAGCUCACCAGUUCAGGUGAAACAGAAGAGCACAUCAAAGGCUGCCUGGGCCGAGACACCACCUGGACCAUCAUCCUCUACACAGAACACAGCAGUGUAACCCGAUGCUCCGACAACAGGAUGACUGAGAAAUAUCAAGGCUCGUACAUUCAGGCAGCAGAGAAGUCUUUCUCCAUGGUGAAAGGAGGUCGAAUCAGAGAGGCAGCAGCUCUGGCCUGGGAGAGGCAGGGCCCCGCUCCGGACCGAACAUCCUACAAGAACUGGGCCAAGUCUGUUCUCGACAACCCUGCUGUGGUCGAAAGCAAGGUGCUUCCCAUCAUAGAUCUGGUUCGGGGGAUCCCAUGUGCUGUCACAAAGAGGAGACACCUGAGGAAGGCCCUGCUGCAGUACCUUGAGGAGUUUGAUACCUGCAAGUGCGCUCCCUGCCCCAACAACGCCAAGCCAGUUCUCUCCGGCACAGAGUGCAAUUGUGUUUGCCAAACUGGCACAUUUGGCUCCAACUGUGAGAAACGAGCUCCCGACUACACUUCAGAGGAAGUGGAUGGUUACUGGAGCUGCUGGGGCCCGUGGAGUGGCUGUGGAGCCUCUAUGAAGAGAAACCGGAGGAGGGUGUGUAAUAACCCCGCCCCCCUUAGAGGAGGCCAACCCUGCAAGGGUCCUGACAGAGAUGAGGAUCCGUGUCACAUCUCCAUCUUCGAAAGACAGGAGACCUGUGACAAUGAUGAUGACUUCACUGUGGGCUGGAGGGACGAGCUGCCUCCUGGUGUGCAGGGCUGUCUGAGGCCACAGAGGCCUGCCAACAGCUUCCUCAGGAAAGCAAAGCAGUAUUAUAACUUUGGUGAGGAUGAGGAGUUCCAGUGCUUCACUGGAUUUGACUUGGAGGGUUUUCAGUUCAUCAACUGUCUUCCCGAUGGGACGUGGAGUCAACCAAAUGGAAAAUGCAUCAGGAAACUGUGCCUUCCUCCUGAAAUCCCUGAUGGCAUGAUGCUGUUCCCCAACAAAGGCCAGUACAAAGUUGGGGAAUCAGUGGGUUUGAACUGUAACGAGUCAGGUCUGGUGCCGCUGCCACAAGGCUUCUACAGAUGCAGCAACAGUCUCACCUGGGAGCCGCCAUUACCUGCUAACCUACGCUGCACUGAUGAGGAACCGUUUGUCCCUGAAGGUCAGUGUCGUCCAGGAGAGAAACUACAGGGCUCUCAAUGUGUCUGCAUUCAACGGGAGAGCUGCCUUUCACAACCAGAUAAUCUCUGCAUCCUGAACGUAGACGUCGGCGUCACCGUGUCGAUGUCCCUCUGCUCCUUCCAUGCCGGGCGUUGCCACAAUGAUCCGCUCUUCUUUGUCAACGAGGGCGCGUGUGACGCGGCCAAUUCGGCCAAACUGGAGUGGGCCAAGUUCAGAGCCAAGAUGUCCUCCAAGAGCUCUGUUCAGCAGCCCUGCGGUCUUGACACCUGUUACGAAUGGGAGACCUGCUCUGCAUCUAAGAAGUGUGAGUGCAGAGCUGCUCGGGACUGCCCCAGAGUUGAAGAGCACAUGUUCUGUGUGAAGCUGACCAGGAGCCAGAGGACUCGCAGCAUGGACCUUUGUUCUAUGGCCGCCCUGAAAUGUAGUAGCUAUCAGUUUGAGAUUCUCAAUGAAGGCGCCUGUGAGUCCAGAUGAUCCUUCUAAAGCUUUUCUGUGCUGUUACACUCAACUUCUGAAUCUAUCUAACAGUAGUGUGUUUCAAAUAAUGUUCCACCACUGCUGGAAAAUUGAAAGUAACUACAUAGUUUAAAAUACAUAUGAUUCACACUAAACAUCAACUAUACAAAAUGACUGUGUUUCUUCUUCCACUGCACUGUGCACUAGAGCCACUCAUUUAGAGACAUUAUAGACAUUAGCACAUAUUGUUAUUCUUUAAAAGAUUACACUAUAUUUCUAAAAGUAAACUGGACUGGCAAGCGGGUAUACAGGGGUCCAUACACCUGACGCAACUCAGAACCAAAGGCACACCUUAUCGGGGCGAUGGGAAAGCCAAGAGCAUCUCUAAAUAAGGUUAAGCAGGUGGUUUAGGAUCCACUUGUACAUUUGGGUAGGCUGCAGUGCAUCUAGUGCACUUUCAGAGCAUUCUGAAAUAUUUUCUGAAAAGGCACUAGAUGGCAGCAGGAGACAACAAAACAAUGUUAUAUAUCCAAUGCAUGAUAAUACUGGAGGUUUACUGGACCUGCCACCUAAUGUCAGAUUUGCACCAAAUUUGGUACGGGAUAUCUGGGAUGUGAUAUCUACAUAUGGGAUGUGCAUAUCAAAUUUGUGUCAUUUGGAUAAUGUAUUGGUGACCUGGAGCUAAAAUAUCAUUAAAUAUUGAAGAAUGUG